UGGCUUGGAGCGGUCGUAGUCUCGUCGACCAGGCCGAGUUCCAACUCCGGAGAUUUGGGGGGGGCUUUCUUCUCCACUCUCAUCAUGAAUCCUAUGAUAGCCGAAGUGAGCGUGCAGGACCUGUGCGAUUGGUUCACCGUCGACAAGAAGCCGCAGAACAUUCGAGUGCUGCCGGAGAAAGCUACGGCCAGAAAUGGAGGACUGUGGUCUACAGCGCGGCCCCUGCCGUCAACUGAGGAGCCUCGUCAAUUGGCUGGGCGGCGGCGGCAGCAGCAGCAGGAGCUUACGCUGUUGGGGGAGCAGGGCUGCAAUGAAGACUACGUGCAGGAUUUCUACCAGCACCAGGCACACGAGUACAUCAAGCAGCAGCAGCAGCAGAGCAAACAAGAGGUGUACGAGCAGAGCGAGUGCGGCUCUGAGUCCGUCACUGAGCUGGCUGAAUCGGUCACGACAUUGGACAGCAUUUACGAUCUCGAGCUGGAGAGCUUGGAAGCGAGCUCUGCUUUCACGGAGUCUCAGGCGGGCCGCGUGGUGGGUUGCGACAUCUACCGCUUCUACAACUUCCAGCACACGUACGACGUGGAGCUGCCCAUCGCCAAGCACCGCGAGAAGCUCCUGCAGAUGAUCGAAAGCAACCAGGUGCUGGUGGUGCAGGGCUCGACGGGCAGUGGCAAGACGACGCAGAUUCCUCAGUACGUGCUGGACCAGCACGCGCAGCUCGGCGCGCACUGCAACAUCGUGGUGACACAGCCGCGCAAGCUGGCGGCCCGCAGCGUCGCCGCGUGGGUCAGCCGCAGCCGGAACUGGGAGCUCGGCAGCAUCGUCGGUUACCAGGUGGGCCUUGACAAAAUGGCCAACGACGACACUCGACUCGUCUACAUGACGACGGGAAUCCUGCUGCGCAAGUUCAUCGCCGAGAAGUCCAUGAUGGAGUUCACGCACGUCUUCAUCGACGAGGUUCAUGAAAGGGACCAGGAAACGGAUUUCCUCCUCCUGCUUGUGAGAAAACUUCUACGAACAAAUUCGAGAACCGUGAAGGUGAUCCUCAUGUCAGCCACCAUCGACUGCCAGGAGUUUGCGUCGUACUUCUCCAUGCCGCUGAUGGAUCGGAUACAGCCGGCGCCCAUGAUUUUUGUGCGAGACAAAGUCCACGAGGUGCAGGUCCACUACCUGGAGGACAUGCCCAUCUCUCUCGGCGAGGCGGUCAUCUUCGACCUGUGCAUCCCAAGCAUCGCUCGUGAGAGCUACGCCAUCACAGAGAAGCUCAUCAGGAGCUUUUAUGACAUGGAGGCAUACACGCACCUGCAGACUGACGUUCAGGAGCUUGGCAGCGUGCUCGUGUUCCUGCCAGGUUACGGAGAAAUCACCGAGAUGAUGGAGUGGCUGAGCGUCAACAUGACCAGCCUGAAGCUGCUGCCGCUUCACUCGUCGCUCACUCCGCAAGAACAGAAAAUGGUUUUUGACCCGGUGCCGUGUGGAUUGCGCAAGGUCAUCCUUUCAACCAACAUUGCUGAAAGUUCGAUAACCGUACCUGACAUAAAAUACGUGAUCGAUUACUGCCUGGCCCGAGAGAUGGUGUGCGAGACCGGCACCAACUACCAGAGCCUGCGUCUCAUGUGGGCUUCCAAGGCCAACUGUGAGCAGCGGAAAGGACGUGUCGGUCGCACCUCAAGCGGACACUGCUACAGAAUCGUGACCAAGGAUUUCUGGAACGAUAGCAUUCCCGAAUACUCCAUCCCAGAAAUGCUGCGCUGCCCACUGGAGAGCACGGUGCUGCGGGUGAAGCAGCUGGACCUGGGAGAGCCCAAGGCGAUGCUGGCGCUGGCGUUGACUCCGCCAAACCUCUCCAACAUCAAGCGCACGGUGCUGCUGCUCAAAGAGGUCGGCGCCCUCACCAUCACGAUGGCGGACGGCAGGCUGAACCCGCAUGACGGCGAGCUCACCACGCUGGGCCGCGUCCUCGCGUCGCUGCCCAUCGACCUGCGCCUGGGCAAGCUGCUCGUGCUGGGGCACGUGUUCGGCUGCUUCCACGAGUGUCUCAUCAUCGCCGCGUCGCUGUCCCUGCAGAGCACGUUCCUCGCGCCCUUCAACGAGAUGCUGAAAUCGUUUCGGCACAAGCUCUCCUGGUCCGAUGGCUCCCACAGCGACUGCUUGGCUGCAGUUAACGCUUACAAGGAAUGGAAGCAUUGCAAGGAGAGUGGAAAAUUCAGGACUCACAAGGUGGAGAAAAAGUGGGGGUUGGAGAAGAUGAUCAUUGUCCGCCGGAUGCACGAGGUGGACGAGCUGAUGGAGGAAAUACAGAAGCGGCUGUUGAAAUUCAACAUCCGUUUGGACAAACUUGAUGGCAUGGAGCCGCCCGACAAAUACGACCCGUUUGUCCUGAAGGUGGUGUUGGCCGGAGCCUUUUACCCCUUCUACUUCGGCUGCUGCUCCAUUAACGAGGUCAGCGCUGCCAAGGAAAUGAACCUUCAUGACCCCAAGACCACGGUCAAGCUGUGGAACAUGCCUCCCAGGGGCCAAUGCUACACCCAGCAGCUCAGCGCCGCCCUGGGGGAUUGUGGCCGUGGAAAAGCAAUCUACUUUGAUGGCACAAGGGUGUUCAUGGAAUUUCAGCGAGACCCUGAGGAGCACACCGCGAGCGUGCUGCGGGCCGUGUACCUGGCUCUCAAGAUGAGCCAACUGCGCAUCCCCAUCCGGCUGAAGCUGCUGCACAUGGAGGACAAAGACAUGGACCUCCAGGAGGCCACGAGGAAGAAUCCCGUCACCGGCCUCAAUACGAACAGGUUCUGCUGCGACAUACAGAGCCAGAAGUUGAUGGAGAAGACCCAGACGUUGGCGGGCUUUUGGCUCAUGGUCUUCAUCACAGAGGUGCUGGACGUGGGCCACUUCUUCGCGCAGAAGGUGGACGACAACUCGAAGGAGGUGCAGCACCUCGCCGAGCUGAUCGGGGAGCGGCCCAAGCGGCCGCUGAUGGCGCUGCCAUCCCCGGGCGACCUCUGCCUCUCGCCGUACCCGGACGAGAAGAGCCAGGAGCUGUACCGUGCCCGCGUCAUGCGCCUGCCCAACAGCCAUACCGUCGAGGUGUUUUUUGUGGACUUUGGAAACACGAGGAAUAUCCCACUGCAGGACCUCAAGGAACUUCCCCAGGACCUGAAGGAUAUGCCUUUCCAGGCCAUGGAGUGCAUGCUGUGCGAGGUGCGGCCUUCGGCCCUGUCGCGCAUCGCCGCCGGAGGCAGCUGGAGCGCCGACGCUCGCAGCUGGUUCAGCAAGCAGACGCUGGAGAAGAACUUCUUCAUGCAGGUUUUCUCCAUGGAGCACGGCGUGCUGCGCGUGAGGCUGUCCGGCAGCAGGCCGUUGGAGGGGGCGGCGGCGGCGGCGGCGGCGUCCGGCUCCGCGGUGCCCAGCCAGCCGGCGGACGUGGGGAGGAUGAUGGUGGAGCUGGGGUUUGCCGAGCCCGCCGAGGAGGCCUUCGAGUCGAAGCAAAACCACGAAUUACUGGAGGGCACGUUCCCCGUCAACGUCGGCAACGUCCGGGCCUACCCGGAGGUGGCGGCACGACCGAUGGUGGACGGCGUGGACAACUUCUCGAUGCGCUCCGUGUCAGCGUCGAGCCUUCAUCGCGUGCUGCAAGGGCCGAUAAGUUCCUACGAGAUGAGAUUCUGCAGCAUGACCAACAUGGGCCGACUGAGGUCGGUGCGCGUGGGGAACAUGAGCGUCAACUCCGUGGCGGUCAACGACGAGCCGCAGGACUCUCACGAUCGGCUCCUGGUUGCCGCCUCCGUCAACGUCAACCAAUCGGGAUCGACUAUCCUGCUGCGUGACACGACGCUGAUGCCCUCGAUCCACGGCCUGCCGGCCAUUUUGUGCCUGAUCUUCACACCCGUCAUGGAGUUGAGACGGGACUACAGCAGGUCACGCUACACGGGGGCUCUGUGUGGCCUGGGCUGGGACCCCCAGACGGGAGAGGCCAUCUUCACGGACCAUGACAUGGAGAUCACCUUCGAUACUUCCUUCGACAUGGACGACAUCAUCAUGAUCAACUCGCUGCGCAUGGCCAUCAACGUGAUGAUGGCGGGGGACGAGGAGACGGCGCAGUGGAGCCAGGUGGCGGUCCGCCGCCUGCAGCAACGCACACGGAGCCGCCUGCUCGAUCUCUUCUUCAAUAAGCACUCGAGGAAGCCGAUGGAGCCGUUCUUGUACAACUCGCCGUACUGCUGGAAUCAGAUCCCCCCGGACGAGCUGUUGCCGUACAGCGACGAGGACGAGAUCGGCAACUGCCAGCUGUACCAACUGCACAAGUCGGUGCUGCUGAACGUCCGCUGCCCCAGCGACGAUGGCGAGCCGCGCUAGGAGGGGAGAGCGGCGCGCGCGGCUUUCACGCGCACACGUGUGCGCUUGCUCCGGCGAGACACUCGGUCAUCCCUCGGCACAGCGGAUGACCGAGUGUGUGUAGCGCGUUUGCGCGCGUGCGGACUCGCUCGCCGUUGCGCCCACCGUCGCCACUGCAGUGAAGCGCCGAUAAUUAUAAUUCCAGGUUGCCGAUUCGCCCGUUUCUCUCCCUCGUGGUCUGAAAAAAAAAAUCUUAACCGUCACCUUUACGUUGUGUCGUUCGCGCAAAUUGCACCUCGCAAUUGCUGAGGAAUCGCUGCCAGGUGGUGAGCCGGCACCAAUGAUUGUUCUGCAGUUCUCUUUACGUUAAGAUGUUUUCAGCCAGUUCGUGUUGAUACAUGUGGGAGGAAACCAAAGUAUCCGGAAAGAAAAAAAAACCCCGUGCAUGCGAGGGUGCUGUGCCACAUUCUGUAUUGCACCUCGACGCCCAAGGGAAGACAGUUUUACAACAUUUAUCUGAUCCACCAACCCUCUCGCUGCCUCCACAGUACUGGACUAUAGACAACGUGCUUAGCGUGACUUCCUUAUGCAGCACCGUCUCUCCCUCACCCAACGAUCUCCUCUCGCCCAACUACGCGCACGACAAUCCGAAGUCCACAGCGUAAAGGGUGAAAAGUGUUUCGUUUCCGAUACGUUUCAAGUGUUAUAUUACAAACAGUGUUGCAUAUUAGGACAACUUUGUAUUUUUUCUCAGGAAAAUUCAAGUUGAACGUCUGUUCUACUUGAUAGAAAAAAUAUCAUUUUUAUUGAAGUCGGUUUUAGAUGGGCGGAUUUGACGAUACCUUAAAUUGUGUUGUAAGCGCACGAGGAUUUGUUUACUUUUUUAAUUGAGCAAUCUCGGGGUUGGGGAAGCGCGGGUGGCGUAAUGGUUUUCGCAGACCGCGCGGUGAACCCAGCAGCCGGAGUUCGAUUCACGGCCACAGCUUUCUGAAUCCCAGUACCUGGGCCUCCACCAACCCGCACUGACCGGCGUGGUGAAGUAUGGUCACACGAUCCACGCGACCGACCGAGGUUACGCGGAGGAGGAGGAGGAGGAAGGGGGAUGGUCGGCAAAUGCUGCGCUCCGGCUCGUUUUAUUUACCAUGGGCUCUACGUGAUUACAUUGUCAGUUUAAUCUUAGAGGCGGGAAAAGCAUCUCUCGACAAUUUCUUGUUCCUGUUGUCAUUUCUGGAUUCUUGACACGUGUGACUCUUUUGUCCAUCAAGAAUGGCGUUGGACUUCAUCGUCAUCGCGUGUGCAGAACCUACGGCGCUUGUUAAUGCGCCUCUAGUUGCUGCCGCUGCCGCUGCUGCUGGUGCCGCCGUUGUUGCAUAAAGCAUUCCACACAUUUUCCUUGGAGAUAAUAUUUGUUUUACAUUUUGAGGCCUUUUACUGUUUGACCCUCGGAAGGUAUUUGUGCCGCGUUCAAUGACGCGUUCGUCGGUUUCACAUUGUGGCAUCUUUGCUGCACCGUGACCUCGACCCCCGUGCUGCCGCCAAGCCAAAUCACAGCUGGGUAACAAAGCCACGACAACAAAAACACAAAUCUUUGGCACGUGUUUGUCUUCACCUUGCUGCAGAGGAUCGCAUACAUAUCAACCCACACGGUUUAACCGGAUUCUUGUACAGGGAAAUUGAGUUUUCAGGUCCAUACGACGUACGACCGUUUCAAGACGGGCUUCGUUAGAUGAACGUUGAGAUUUAUAAGGAGCACGGGGUGACCAAUAAGGUCUGAAUUGGUCUGUAAUAAGGUUCGGGCACUGAUAAGGGUUUUACAGGUAUGAGAUCGUCAGCUCGGUCGUGUGCGUGCGAUCACUUUACACACGGCCUGUCCACUUUUAUUCACACGUGCGCUUAUGGCCAUCACCCAACCACCUUACCCCCCCCCCCCGUCCCUGCAAUACCAGCGACGGGGUGAUGUUAUGUUUUUUUUUCCCCACUGGGUUGUUUUCUUCUCUGCACGGUUGGCCCUUGCUGCGAAACUCCGUGCGGCGAAAUGUUGAGAUUAUUGAACGGCGUUCGCAUCAACUUGCACCGGAAUAAAGACGGCGAGA